GCCACCCCCCCACAGAGGGGCGCUGGCGCACGGGGCUGAGCAGGCUGGGUUCUGCGGGAGCGCCGCGCCCGCCUCGGCCAGAGGGCAGCACGUCGCGGCUGGCGAUGAGCGGCGCCGGGGACGAGAGCCCGGAGGCCGGCGCUGGCCGGGACAGCAGUCGCCCGGCGCCCGAGCCUCCCGGCGGCGCGCUCAGCGUGGACGUACCGGGGUUGCUGGCGCAGCUGGCGCGCAGCUUCGCGCUGCUGCUGCCGGUGUACGCGCUCGGUUACCUGGGGCUGAGCUUCAGCUGGGUGGUCCUGGCGCUCGGGCUGCUCGCAUGGUGCCGCCGGAGCCGCGGCCUCAAGACCAGCCGCCUGUGCCGCGCGCUGGCGCUGUUGGAGGACGAGGAGCGCACCGUGCGCCUUGGAGUGCGCGCCUGCGACCUGCCGGCCUGGGUUCAUUUUCCAGACACUGAAAGAGCUGAAUGGCUAAAUAAGACGGUAAAGCACAUGUGGCCUUUUAUUUGCCAGUUUAUCGAGAAGCUGUUUCGAGAAACCAUAGAGCCAGCUGUUCGGGGAGCAAAUGCCCACCUCAGUACCUUCAGCUUCACAAAGGUGGACAUGGGUCAACAGCCCCUUAGGGUCAAUGGUGUUAAGGUGUAUACAGAAAAUGUAGACAAAAGGCAAAUUAUUCUGGACCUUCAGAUUAGUUUUGUAGGAAAUUGUGAGAUUGAUUUGGAGAUCAAACGAUAUUUUUGUAGAGCUGGUGUGAAAAGUAUACAGAUCCAUGGGACAAUGCGGGUGAUCCUGGAGCCACUGAUUGGAGACAUGCCCUUAGUGGGGGCUUUGUCCAUCUUCUUCCUUAGGAAGCCACUUUUAGAGAUUAACUGGACAGGACUGACUAAUCUUCUGGACAUCCCUGGAUUGAAUGGGUUAUCUGAUACUAUCAUUUUGGAUAUAAUAUCGAACUAUCUGGUGCUUCCCAAUCGAAUCACUGUUCCUCUUGUCAGUGAAGUACAAAUAGCUCAGUUGCGGUUUCCUAUACCAAAGGGUGUUCUAAGGAUACAUUUUAUUGAAGCCCAAGAUCUUCAGGGGAAAGACACUUAUCUUAAGGGCCUUGUCAAAGGAAAAUCAGAUCCCUAUGGAAUCAUCCGAGUGGGCAAUCAAAUCUUCCAAAGCAAGGUCAUCAAAGAGAACCUUAGUCCAAAGUGGAACGAGGUGUACGAGGCUUUAGUUUAUGAACACCCUGGUCAAGAAUUGGAGAUUGAGCUCUUUGAUGAAGAUCCAGACAAGGAUGACUUCCUAGGAAGUCUUAUGAUUGAUCUCAUAGAAGUUGAGAAGGAGCGCCUUUUAGAUGAAUGGUUCACGCUGGAUGAAGUUUCCAAAGGAAAGCUGCACCUAAAGCUGGAAUGGCUCACACUGAUGCCAGAUGCGUCGAACCUCGACAAGGUGCUGGCAGAUAUCAGAGCUGACAAAAACCAAGCCGAUGAUGGUCUUUCAUCUGCACUGCUCAUCUUGUAUUUGGAUUCAGCAAGGAACCUUCCGAGUAUCUACGAGGGAAACUUUGGGUGUGGCUACUUAAAAGAGAGGCGAGCGUCGGGACUAGUGUUUUGUGAGAAUACUGCCUCAGUCUAUAGAGCUCUGUUUUCAGGGAAGAAAGUAAGCAGCAACCCAAAUCCUCUUGUCCAAAUGUCAGUCGGUCACAAGGCUCAAGAAAGCAAGAUUCGGUAUAAAACCAGUGAGCCCGUGUGGGAGGAAAACUUCACUUUCUUCAUUCACAACCCCAAGCGUCAGGAUCUUGAAGUUGAGGUUAAGGAUGAGCAACAUCAGUGCUCUCUGGGGAAUGUGAAGGUCCCACUCAGUCAGCUGCUUACAAGUGAUGACAUGACCAUAAACCAGCGGUUCCAGCUCAGCAACUCAGGUCCAAACAGCAGCUUGAAAAUGAAGAUCGCUCUCAGGGUACUCCAUCUUGAAAUGCAAGAAAGACCUCCAGACCACCAACAUUCAGCUCAAGUGAAACGACCCUCUGUUUCCAAAGAAGGGAGGAAAAUGCCUGUCAAAUCUCAGAUAUCUGCAUCUGGUGGCAGCACUGGUGGCAGCAGUGUGACUCCAUCCACACCAGUCAUUGGGGGCCGUGAUGAGCCUGGUGUGGAAGAGAAGGCCCAGCCCCCCGAGGCUAGCCCUCCAGGACAGCACGACUUGGGCAGGAGUUCCUCCAACCUCCUGGCCUCUCCGAGCCACGUCUCAGCCAAGGAGCCCACGCCCAGCAUCGCCUCAGAUAUAUCCCUCCCCAUUGCCACCCAGGAGCUGCGGCAAAGGCUACGGCAGCUUGAAAAUGGGACGACCCUGGGCCAGUCCCCCCUAGGCCAGAUCCAGUUGACGAUUCGCCACAGCUCCCAGAGGAACAAGCUCAUCGUGGUUGUGCACUCCUGCCGAAAUCUCAUUGCCUUCUCGGAAGACGGCUCUGACCCGUAUGUUCGCAUGUAUUUAUUACCGGACAAGAGGAGGUCAGGAAGGAGGAAAACACACGUGUCAAAGAAGACAUUAAACCCCGUGUUCGAUCAGAGCUUUGAUUUCAGUGUUUCACUCCCUGAGGUGCAGAGGAGAACACUGGACGUAGCAGUGAAGAACAGUGGCGGCUUCCUGUCCAAAGACAAAGGGCUUCUUGGCAAAGUACUGGUUGCUCUUGCAUCUGAAGAACUCGCCAAAGGCUGGACCCAGUGGUAUGACCUCACAGAAGAUGGGACGAGGCCACAGGUGGUGACGUAGCCACGCUGGACGUGAGGCAUCUUUCUCGGUGUAUUUCCCCCUUGACUUGGAACACACUCUCUUGCAGAUGUACCAAUGCUAUUUUUAUAAUCGCGUGUAUUGAGUUAUACAUACCUUAAUAAUUUUAUAAAACUGUUGGCAUUUAAGGCAUAUUUGGCCAAUAUUACUGUUAAACUUUGAUGUUGAGUUUCUUCUAGUGCUCUGCCAGGUACUGUGGUGUGCAGUGGGGUGGUACCGCGUUCCUGUGCCACAUGGAACUCUGUCAGCUGCAUCUGCUAUGAAGCAACACCUGUACCUGCCUUACUCUUGUCCCACAUCACUAUGCCAUGUAUAUAGACUCUAUUUUUAUAAUCUCUACAAGCUGGUUUGGAUGCAGAAGAACAUGGAUCAAGGAAAUACAUAUUUUCUUCUAAAACUCAUUAAAUUCUUAUGACAAAUGAACAUCUUCAUCUUUGCAGCAAAAAGUUCUGUGACCUGUUUUAUGGUGUGUCUUUUUAAAAGGGAAAAUAGAGAGAUUAAAUAUUAGUAUGUUUCUGCCCACUAUGAAUGAUAAAGGAUUCAAGAUAUUAACAUUUUACACAUACAGUUAUGUUAUUAAGAAGUCAAGUGAAGGGCUUAAAGAAUGUUACAGGACUGAGUCAUAUAAAAUGCCAAAAGAAUUUUCAUGGUUCAUAAGUCACAGUAAACUGCCCCAAAAUUUCUUACAUAAAAAGAAAUGUCUUGAUUAUUUUUAGUUGCUCAAUGUAACUGAUUACAAGAGGCACACCUGUCAGGCACAGUGGUGCACACUGGGAGCUAAAACAGGAGAAUCGCGAAUUUGAGGCUGGCCUGGGCUAACAUAAAAAUACUGUCCCAAAUAAAAUCAAAAAUAGAUGCAUAGUUUCAUACGUUUCCCAAACCACAGGAAGAGACUUAAAAUGUUGUCAGGUAAGCUGUUGUCCACAUCAGUUGUGAGCUUGGUUGGCUUUCAAGUGCUCCAGCCCAUGAAGACAGAGGUGCACGUUGGAGUUAUAAGGCUGUGAAGCAGAUCAUGAUGAGUGGGUCAGACAUUGCACUCACAAUGAACAGCCAUCCACUUGCUGUCAGUUUGUUAACCUGGCUCAGCAUCACAGAGGAUACACACCUCAGAACUGGAGUUUGCUGACCUGCUGAUGUGGGCUGCCACAGGACCAGGCAUUAUACCCAGCACCAACACAGUAGCUUCCUGAGUUUUCUCGUUUUAUGCCAGGACACUUCUUAAUAUUGAGAUAUUGUUAUGAAGUUUUUAUUUUUGGAUUCUUUUUAGAUUAUUGAAAGCAUGUUUCAUGUACUUAGCAGUGCCCCAAAACCUCUGUUGAGGUGAGGCUAUAUAACAGUGUUACAAGCUACGCAUGUCUAUAAACAAAGUAUGCACAUAUGCAGAAAGAUUUUUCAGUGUAUAUGUUAAAGCUGUAGGAUGAAAAGGGCUUCCUUAGCCAUGAAAACAUCUAGGACUGUGUGUGCACACUCUGGAAAUACAGCUUGGAGUCAACUGGAGAUGUUCCUGGAACUAAACAACUGUGAGUAAUAGCUCAUGUAACCAAACAUACCAAAGUGCCUCUGGUGGACGCUCAUUGCCAUUUUCACGUGCUCUGUCCAGCGGAUUCAGUUUUGUCUCAGUUUGUGACUUAGACCUUGCACCAUGGGUGUAUUUGUAAUGGAGUCUGCAGCUUCACAGCACAUCACAUAUCAUUGUAGGACCUGUGUGAUCUCACUCUGCUGUCCGCCGACACUUUCCUCUCUUGUCUCUUUAUAAAUUAUUUCUAAUCAGCAUAGGAUUGGCUAUUCUGGAAGGAAGUUAUGAGUAUGUCACACAUAUGACCAUAUACGCACAUAAAACAUUUAACUAGUAUUUUAGUAGCAGGAGAAAAACAGUAAUACCUUAUUAAAUCUAGUUACUUAUCCAUUGUAUUAAGUUUUUUUUUUUAAGUAUUUUUUUUAAAAAUUAGGUCCGUGGAAGAGUUUCUGUCAUGAUCUAUAAAGAAGAAGCACUCAAUGAAAUUUUAUCAUACCAGUAAUUUUUACCAACAUCCUAGACAUGUGGGUUUUUGCACCCACAUACUCAAUUGUGUUCAAUGUAUAUUUUACUUAAUGUAAUGUUCUAAGCACUUAGGGAAAAUGGAUGCAGUUAAGGAUUUAAAGCCCAAAGGAAGCCAGUGAAGCAGCACAACUUGUUACCCUCUGCCACAGUGAGGUCCAGGAGCCAUCUCCGUUGACCUUAAAAGGAAGAAGGACAGGGAAGAUGUAGGGCACUAGGCACCUCCCAGCUGUGAUUCUGUCUAUGCUGUGUGGGAAGGUUGUGGAUCACCCAUCAAAGCCAUGCUCAGCACUCCAGGAUCCUGGUGACAGCAGGCACCAUGAGUUCUCAAAAUGUGACUUGUAGUUUUCAGUGAUCAAUUUACCUAGGAAAGGGGAACUUCACUUUUUCUUCUUUGAACCAAACCAAUGGAGGGAGAAUUAACUGAGUUGAAUUUGAAGUGCAGCUCUGCUGGCUCGUACACGUGGGUUGCUUAUCUUGUGCCUUAAAGUUUGAAAGCGUUUCCAAGCCUCAAUUGAAAACAGAAGCAGCCUUGUUGCUGUGUUUACCACAGUUUAUAUUCUGCACUCCGAGAAUCCUUUUACAGAUAACCCUCAUCAAGAGGCCAGCCCUUGUUAAGAAUCUAAGGCCGACGAGAUCAGCAUAAAGAGCCAUGGGCUUACUCUGGUUGCUGCGUCGACUCCAGUCCUGGCUGAACUACCCACUGCAGGGGGGGAACAGCAGAGAGUUUUUUAAAUCAGAGGAUGUCCUUUUUGCUUAACUAAUUUUACAUGAUAGCGCAUGUAUUUAUUCAAUAAAACUUUUAUGUUAGCUCAUUUGUGAUUUGUUUUUCCUUGGUCUUUUGAAAUGAAAUUUUUAGUGUUGGACCAGGUAGGUUGGAAAGCCAAUAUAUUGUACCCUACAUAUUGCUGUUGUGAGUUCUUUCAUUUUAGUCAUUUGAUACUGUGCCUCCUGUUCCCAUCUUUGCUUGACUCCUCGCUGCUUAGCUUACUAACCUCUGGGUUAUAAAAGCAGUGCUUCCGAAGAGUAAUUGUAAGUAGGGAAAAUAGACCCCAAAUGUCUUUUAUACCCAGAGCACUAAAAAGUCAUGAACACUGAGGAAAAUGGGAGGUAUUCAUACUUUUCAAAUCCAUUAGUGAUGACUGGAAUGGGUUUCAGUGGACACUCAGACCUUUUCUUGGCCUCUCCUUUUACAUGUAAGUGUCUUCACUCAGUUGCUGAAAUGACUUUCCUUGGUUUGUUUGUGGGUUUUUUUUUUUUCCCCAGUAUUGGGGUUUGAACUCAGCCUACACCUUGAGCCACUCUACCAGCCCUUUUUUUGCUUUUUGUAUUUUUUCUUUUUGAUAGAGUCUCACAGUGUUGCCCAAGAAUUCACUAUGCAGCCCAAGAUGAGCUUGAACUCAUAACCUUCCUCCCUCAGCCUCCCAAGUACUGGGAUUAUCGGUGUACACCACCAGACCCAACUUCCUUUACCCUUAUAAUGUCUUUGCUUUCCUUUUUUUGUAAAAAACAAAAAUGUGCUGGGGCUAGAACUCAGGGCCUCAUUCAUGCUGAGCAAGCACUCUCAUCACUGGGCUAUAGUUCCAGCCCUUUCUGUUCUGUUUUCCUUCCCCAGUGCUGUUUCUCAAGAGCAUCUUUCACUGCCUUCUCUACCCAAACUCUUAGGUAUUUGUGUAACACAUGGUUCCUGUUCCUUUUUAAGUUUUAUUUUGCAUUCUUUUUUUAUUUUUGGUGGGACUAGGUUUGUACUUGGGGCUUUGCAGUCACAAAGCAGGCACUCUACCACUUGAGCCAUACCUCCAGAUCACUUUUUUCUGGUUAUUUUGGAGUUGGGAGUCUUAAAAACUAUUUUCCUGGACUUACCUUGAA